UCAACUGCAUGAGUCUUUGAUUAAAUCUCUUAGGCCGGUUUCACAGACAGGGCUUAGAUUAAGCUAGGAUUAGGCCUUAGUUCAAUUAGGAUAUUUAAGUAUCUUUCAUGAAUGUGCCUUAGAAAAAACAUUACUGGUGUGCAUCUUGAGAUAAAACAAUGGUACUGACAUAUUUUAAGAUAUAUCAGUGAAAGCUGCUUUCAGUUGAAACAGCUCAAAGAUGAAUUUUAGUCUGGGACUAGCUUAAGCUUUGUCUGUAAAACCUGGGGUUAAUGUCCUAAAGAAAGCUAUGAGUUAACAAUAUUAUUAAUAGGUUAUGACAGUUAAUGUGUGUAAGAUCUAGCAUUCAUGUUGUUGGUUUUAUGUCUGUUACUUUGGGCUAUUAAACUGGUGUCAUUUGCUGUUUUCGACUUAGACAUGAUGGUGCUGAAAGAGGAGGGCAAAGAACUGAAUGAAACUGAAGAUAAAGAUCAGUAUGAGAAACAUCAAGAUUUCAUGUUUGGAGAAAAAUCAUUUAGAUGCUCACAGACGAAAAAUACUUUGUCUCGAAAAACAGCUCAAAAGCCAGCAACUAGAAAUCAUUUCACAUGCCAACAGUGUGGUAAGAGUUUCGAACGAAAUAGAAGUUUUAAAAUCCACAUGAAAAUUCACACCAGAGGGAAGCCUUUUUCCUGCCAACAGUGUGGAAAGUGUUUCAAUCGAAAUAGAAGUCUUAAAGACCACAUGAAAAUUCACACUGGAGAGAAGCCUUUUUCCUGCCAACAGUGUGGAAAGACUUUCACUCAAAAAGUACACCUUGUAAUCCACAUGAGAAUCCAUACUGGAGAGAAGCCUUUUAUCUGCCAACAUUGUGGAAAGUGUUUCAAUGAAAAAGGAGUCCUUAACAGACACAUAAGAAUUCACACUAGAGAGGGAUAUUUUGCCUGCCAACAGUGCGGAAAGUCUUUCAAUGGAAAAGGAAGCCUGAAAGACCACAUGAGAGUUCACACGGGAGAGAAGCCUUACACUUGCCAACAGUGUGGAAAGAGUUUCAAACAAAAUAGAAAUCUUAGCGCCCACAUGAAAAUUCACACUGGAGAGAAGCCUUUUUCCUGCCAACAGUGUGGAAAGAGUUUCACUCAAAAAGUAAGCCUUGAAAUCCACAUGAGAAUCCACACUGGAGAAAAGCCUUACAUCUGCCAACAGUGUGGAAAGUGUUUCAAUCGAAAAGCAAUCCUUGACAGACACAUGGGAAUUCACACUAAAGAGAGCUUUUUUGCCUGCAAACAGUGUGGAAAGCGUUUCAGACAAAAUGAAAACCUGACAGUCCACAUGAGAAUUCACAACGGAGAGAGCCAAUUCAUCUGCCAACAGUGUGGAAAAAGCUUCACUACAAAAGCAAGCCUUAAAGUCCACAUGAGAAUCCACACCGGAGAGAUGCCUUUUGCCUGCCAACAGUGCGGACAAAGUUUCAUUCGAAAGUCAAGUCUUAAAUGCCACAUGACAGUUCACACUGGAGAGAAGCCUUUCACAUGCCCUCUAUGUAGACAGAGUUUUAAACAAAAAGCAACCCUUCAUGCCCACAUGAGAAUUCACACUGGAGAAAAGCCAUUCACAUGUGAUCAGUGUGGAAUGAGUUUCAGAUUAGGAAUAUCCCUUAAUCGCCACACAAGGACUCACUCAAGAGUAAAGAGUUUUAUAUGUCAUCAGUGUGGAAUGAGUUUCACAGAUGAGAGUCACCUUAAGAAUCAUGUAAUAACUCACAUCGGAGAGAAGCCUUUCAUGUGCAAUUACUGUGGAAAGCCUUUCGAACACAAAUCAACCCUUGAGAUCCACUUGAGAGUUCACACUGGAGAGAAGCCUUUCACCUGCCCUCAGUGUGGAAAAAGUUUUGCAAGUAAAGGAAGUCUUGAGGUUCAUGCGAGGGUUCACACUGGAGAGAAGCCUUUCAAGUGCCCUCGGUGUAGGAUGUGUUUCACAUAUCCAAGAGACAUGAAACGUCAUUUGCUUAAUCAUUCCAAAAUUAAAUUUACAAAGUUCUGAGAGUGGCAAGAGGUUUACGAAAAGGAAGAUUUAAUUGUAAUCAGUGUAAUUAAAAAAAAAAAAAUGUUGCAAUCGCACUUACAGAUACAUAUGAGAAGUCAUGCAUCUUUUUAUUUAUUUUUUGUUGUUGUUGUGGAAAGAUUUUUCAAAGUACGCUCAGCAGUGUAAAAUGGCACCAGAAAAUAUAUAUAUCUAAGAAAAUCAAAGCUAUAUUCACACCACCGUUGAAUGUGGCUCAACUUUUUUUUUCUGCUCAAAUAUUGUUUGACAAUUAAAUUUAUUUUAUUUUUUUAUUUUAAAUUCUUUUUAUUUUCUACAGUCUAUAAUUUGGACUGUAUAGAGUUAUUUAAUUAAAGAGGUCAUAGAAUGCCACUUUUUCAAGAUGUAAAAUAAGUCUCUGAUGUCCCCAGAGUGUGUAUGUGAAGUUUUAGUUCAAAACACCCUACUGAUCAUUUUUUUAUAGCAUGAUAAAUUUGUCAUUUUUUGAGGGUGAGCAAAAACGCUGUUUUUGUGCGUGUCCCUUUAAAUGCAAACGAGCUGCUGCUCUCAAGAAGUGGGCGGAGUAUCAAGAGCUCCUGUUAGCAGCGCUGAUUAGCUCACGAUGACUCACUGAAAAUGUCAGAAACUUUUCAGCCUUUUUAUGUUCAAACCAGAGUUGGACAAUGAUGGAGAGACUCAAGAAGAAGUGACAUGUUGAAUGUAACAGGAUGUUUCUGAACGGUUAGUUCAUGAAUUUAUGUAGCUGAUGUGGAAUUAACUAUCUUAAAGUCAUUUAUUAGCAUAUUCUGUCAUGAUAAUCUAUAAAUCACUCAUGUGGGAACGAUUGUAAGAUCUUACAGAGCCAGAGAAUAUAUGCUGCAUGAAUAUAGAACAGGUAUAGUUUAGUUUAAAUACGGUUAUAACUAAUGGUUAUCUUUCUUUUAUGACAUGCUAUUGCAUUUGUGUUACAUAUUGUAUUGCAAUAGCAUGGCCUCACCCCUUUGUUGCGUGUUCUCAGGGGGUGGGGUUUAUGUAAAUUUUAGGGUUAGUGAUGUCACUAACCCAGGAAGAAACUUCUUGUAGUCUAGACCAGCCAUUUGUUGUAGUCCUUCAACAGAGAUUUCUUUAAAAGAAAACAUCUCAGUUUGCUUUGAACUUUGAGCGUCGUAACUUUGCAGAUGUUGUUUAUGCUCUUACAGCAACAUUACACACUAACUAAAGUUAAAAAAGUGAAAUCUUAAUCAACUAGUAUAAUACUUGAAAUAAAUAUCAAGGUCAACCCAAUUUGUAGAUCUGAACCAGGCACAUAACAUUAUGAUCAGACAUAGUCAAGUCAAUGCACCUUUGUUUAAAUGGCACUUUAUACAAUACAUAUUCUUUUAUAGUGAUAUUAAGUUUUCCCAACUAAGCAAACCAGACAGUGGCAACCAACCCAAAAUCCAUCCGGUUUUAGAAUGGAGAAAAAACUCCUUGGAAGAAACCAGCCUCACCAAACGGAGCUCUACAAAAAUAUUUUUAUGCUCCCUUUACAGAUCCAUAACAGAGGUCCAAACAUUACAUGUAUCAAACAAGUUACAUACUUACAAAAACCACAUAGGGACUUUUCUCUUUUUUUUUUCUUUCUUUUUUUUACGAUAACUCGAUUUGCAUUGUCAGCAUUAGCUUUUGGGUGAAUGUAGACAAGCGUAACAAAUAGCUGUGGAAAUAAAAGGAUUGUAUGGAUACAGACAAAAGUUCAAUGUCAGGUGUAAAUUUACCCCUGGUUUCACAGACAAGUCCCAUUUACCUUUCUGAAAUGGGCCUGUUUUUCCCAAUAAUUGGUGUAACCUCCAUGCUAGAUUUGUGUGAAGUGUUACAAACUCUUUCCCCGGCCAUUGACAGUAUUUUCCGUCACUUAUAGAACAACGCUUCCCUGCCAUUGACGGAAUUUUCCAGCAAUCCAUGUUUUCUCUGAAUAAAAUGGUUUGUUUGUUUGUUUAGAAGCAAAA